AUGUCCAAAACUGUUUUCAAAAUAGAGAAUGAAGCAGUACUUUUCCAAUUGUUCAACAAGUAAGUUCAUAAAAAAUGUCUCAAAAUCUCAAAAAAAAAAUCUUUUAGAAACAAACACAACAACACUUUGAACGUUAUCUGUGAUUUUUGCGAGGAAAUCGGUGCUCCAUUUUACGACAACUCGAAUAAUAUUUGGGUUGUUCCAAGUGAUAUCACUGGUUUGAACGCGAAGAAGUCGAAAUGUGUCAAAAUCCGUUUCCAUCCAUCGAUCGAAGAAUUGUCAUCGAAGAAUCGCGAGAUUCAUGAAAUUGCUUGCAAAUCUUCACUCAAAUAUCUCGAUUGUCUUCUCGAAGAUAGUCUCUGGACAAGAAGAGGUGAUCAAGACAACAAACUGUUCGAAUCUCAACUUGAUAAAUUCACUGAUAUUUUGAUGGAAACUGAUAAAAUCGUCGAGUUUCAAAACAAUACUUUGACUGUUGUUUUUCUUCAAAAUGAAAAUUUCGAAGAGUUGAUCAAAAUCGCUGGAUGCAAUUCGGUGAAAAGUCAUCUGGUCACUGAAAUAUCGAAUGAUGAGAACGGUCAAAUUGCCAAAAUUUCAUUCGAAAAAGAUGACUUCAAACGAGAUUUGUUAAAAUUGUACAUUGAUUCGGAUUAUCUUCAAACUUCUCAAACAGAAUGUCAUUUCGAAACUUCUCCAACGUGUCUUUCGUGGAUUCUAAAACGACAAGACAAAACACCGCGCGAUGUUCCUCAAAAAAUCACUCAACGUCUCGAAUGCUCGAUUUUUGUGAACAAUGUCGAAAUGGAGAUGCCAAUCUAUUCGCCAUGCUCUUCAAUUCUGAAUCUAUCUUCAAAACUGUCGAUCGCAAUUGGGGUGCAACCAGUUUCACCGAAUCCAAAUAAUAUCCAACAGUCGCUUAUCAAAGUGCCCAAUUCGUUGACCAAUGAUGUGAUCAUUGGACUGGACAAGGUGAGAAAAAAAGUAAAUGGCCGAAAAAAAACAGGUUUAUACUGUUUUUUGUAUGACCUAGUUUUUAUAUUGAACAAAAAUCAUAUGAAAAACAGAACUGGUCAGAUUAAUAAUUGCAACAAAACAACAAUUUUUGCUGAAAGUGAAAAAAUACAAUUUUAUUUCAGACGGAAGCCUCUCACUUGACGAAAUACGUGGCUGCUAUAACCACAACUCCAUUGAUGGUUAAUUGCGACUUUUUGGCGAAUUCCUCCUCAACGGAUCAAACUCAAUUAGCUUGGUCUCCAACUGAUUCGAUUGAUUCGGGAGUUUCUCUUUCACCAACACAUUCAAUCGAUGAACCAUUCUAUACUCCAACUGGAAGAGAAAGAUCAAUCAGUGAGUGUGGAAUGAGACUUCGAGGAAUUCUCAAAUGGCCCGCAACUGGACCAUACAGUACAGGUCAUGGUCGAUUAUUCAAUCGGUCUUAUAGUGAAUGUAUUCCUGGAGAUGGUUCGAUUUCUCCAAAUUAUUUUGGUGGCUCACAACCAUUCUUUGAAGAUGAAGAAGAUCUAUUUCAUGGUGAGAUUUAUUCUAGCGAAAAAUUUUUUGAAAAAAAAACAAAAAUAAAUUUCAGAAGAUGGAGAGGAUUGCGAAGUGGUGGCAGCUCCUCGGAAAAAGAGUGUCUCUUUCAGUGAAAGAAUAGAAAAACGACUUUUUAAUAGCAAUAGUAGCAUUGAAGCUCAAAAGCGCAAAAAUCAGAAAAAGAAUGAGAAGAAGAAGAAGAGAGAAGAACGUUGCGCAAGUAUUGAUGACGAUGAGAUGAUGGUAAGAUUUUCGAAAAAAAAAUUUCAAAAUGAUUUUUACACGCCAAAAUUAGGGGAUUCUCGGAUUUUUGAGGCCCAAGUCAAAAUUUUCUGCGAACUUUUUUGAGACUAUUUUUGACCUAUCAUGGUAAACUUUCAAAAAUCCAUCCAGUAAUAAAAUUUCGAUCAAUUGUUUUAAAGGGGUUGUCUUUCCACAAACAAGAUAUGCUAAAUCGCUUGGGCUAAGGUGCUUCUUGAACGUUCCGUGUUCAUAAAAUUUUCUUGGUGCGCAAAUACUGAUCUUUUGGUGAAAAACACAAGCCGCUAAAACCUUAAAACUAGGAAAGUAAGUGCGCUCUAUCGCACACAUUAUUUAUUUGUGUGUACUUCUCUCGGAGUUCACACCCAAACGUUUAUUAAGUCAUUUGGGGUGUUGCAAGUCAAGUUAAUGCUAGUUUAUAGUUAGUUGAAAAUAGUGACGCACAAUUGCGGACUUGCUUUCUCACGUAGAAAGACAACCCCUUUAAUUCCCAACAAUCUUCCAUAUUUUUCUCUCUCAUUCCAAUUUUUUCAUUUUUUCCAGACAUGACCAUUUUUUGUCUAUCUAAAACAACACAUGUUCCUUGAUUUCUCAAUAAUUUUUUAAAUUUUUUUCCAGAUUCCUGCUCAACGCAUCACUCAACGUCAUCAAACUGUAUAA